AUGACCGUAGCGGAUCGAUGUAUUAUUGGGAGACGGAAUGAAAUGACCAAGACGGAUCGAUGUGUUAUUGGGAGACGGGAUGAAAUGACCAAGACGGAUCGAUGUAUUAUUGGGAGACGGAGUGAAAUGACCAAGACGGAUCGAUGUAUUAUUGGGAGACGGAAUGAAAUGACCGUAGCGGAUCGAUGUAUUAUUGGGAGACGGAGUGAAAUGACCAAAACGGAUCGAUGUAUUAUUGGACAGAUGGAAUGA